UCAGCAGUGAGCGCCACCGCAGGCGGACCGAGAAGCAAUCAGACACGACCGACCCUAAAGCGCAUCGCCUUCUCCAGUGCCCAGACGCCCAGAUACCGUUGACCAUUACUCCUGAAUAUGAUCCAACUCAUCCGAUGUUACAUCACCAGCAAGUGAGGAAGCCCAGAAGAUCAAAUUCAGUGUAGCGGUUCAGUUAAACAUAUCUGUUGUGGCAAGAAGUGUUAGUGAUUUGAAAAUGAUAAGAGUACCUGCAAGAGUUCCAACAAUCUGCAAAAUUUCUAGUCACUCAAUUAAGUUAAGAGAUAUGGAGAUUUCCAUGAGGAUCUGGAGACGACUCCCAGUGGUCACUGAAAUUUUGGAUUAGGUUUGUUAGAAAAGAUAGAUGGACUAUAAGGCAAUUGCCCAACAAACUGCCCAAGAAGUUUUAGGUUACAGUCAAGAUAUAUCGGGCUGGAAAGUGGUUAAAACUUCAAAAAAGAUAACUGUUUCCAGCAAGACUUCUAGAAGAUUCCUGGGAAAUCUGUAUCGUAUUGAAGGGAUAAUUCCAGAAUCAACAACUAAACUAUCUGAUUUCCUCUACCAACCUGGAAACAGAGUUACAUGGGAUAAAUCAUUGAAAGUGUACAAUAUGGUACACAGGAUAGAUUCGGACACAUUCAUAUGUCACACCAUUACACAAAGUUUUGCUAUGGGCUCAAUUUCCCCCCGAGACUUUAUCGACCUAGUAUACAUCAAGCACUACGAAGGGAAUAUGGACAUUAUCAGUUCUAAAAGUGUGGAUUUUCCAGAAUAUCCUCCAACUUCAAAUUAUAUUCGUGGUUAUAACCAUCCUUGUGGCUAUGUGUGUUCACCUCUGAAAGAAAACCCAGCACAUUCCAAACUAGUGAUGUUCGUCCAGACAGAAUUGAAAGGAAAACUAUCUCCAACAAUAAUUGAAAAAUCUAUGCCUUCCAACUUAGUAAACUUCAUCCUCAAUGCAAAAGAUGGAAUAAAGACACACAAAACUCCAUCAACACGUGAUUACCAUCAUAGUGGUCAUACAUCAUUCCAAAGGAGGAAAUGAGGCCAUUCUGCUACGAAAGCGUGUGCAGCAUUAUUGCAGUUUACUUCUAAGUCGACAUGCAAAAAUGCUGUGAAACUGUUCUACACUGUAUUCUUAUACAAAUUACUGAAGAUUCGUAUGAAAACAAGAACUUACAACUGUGCAAGAAAGCAGCAUUAAAUAUAGUUUUUAAUCUCAUAUAAGAAUGAUGUUAAAUAACCAGUGUUGUUAGUACACUGUUAUUAUUUGGUUUUGUUCCUUGGAAAAAUGCUCUGUAUAAGAAUCAGUAAGAAAGCAGAUAGUCAGAAGUCAGUGUUCAUUAAAGAUUAAAAUACACUUUGAAUUGUUUUUUCUUCACUGACUGCUUAAACUGGUAAUUGUAGGAAAUAUGAACAUAAAAAUUGAAAGGAAUUCCACGAAAAUGUGUGGUCAAUGACAUUUAGAAUUGAAAAUUGAAUGAGUCAUGGAUCAAUGUCUGGUUAACAUGUUCAGCUGAUUCCACCCGAGUCCAUACAACUAAAAGGCCCUACAUAUAGCACAAACAAGCAUAGGAAAUUUAAGUGUAGGUGGAAAGUAGGCAGCAAACUGUGGGCUUUGGGAUUUGAGGAAUGGCAUUCAAUGAGUUAUCUGGGUUUCCUUAUUGACUUUCAAAUAUUUCAGGGCACGUCAGAAGCCUCCAACCAGGCAUCACUGAUGGGCACAAACCAAAAAUAAAAGCAAAACCAAAAACCUGCCCUAAAAAGCCUGUUCCUGUUAGCUAUAAGGUCAGGAAACAAUAUAGCCUAACAGAGCCAAAAAAAGAAAAAAAAAAUGUUGACACUACCCACCCUAUGUCAGCCAAACAUCAACCUAAAAA